GAGAGAGAGAGAGAGGGAGAGAGGGAGUGAGAGGGGCAGAGAGUGAGGGAGUGAGGGAGGUGCGGGGCUCGGCUCGGCUCGGCAGGGUCAGGCCUGGGGCGGUGGAGGGUGGCCCACAGGCGGCACCGGCACAGCAAUGGAAGCCCCGGAGCAAUGAACGGUGAAAAUGCCAGAAGGGUCGGAAGAUUGUAGGCACUGGCAGGCCCAUUGACAUCCAUCCCCUGUAACUGUUCCAGUAAUCCAUCCAAUCCUGACAAUGGCACAGGGAAGCCAACAGAUUGAUAUUCAGGUGCUGCAUGACCUCCGGCAGCGCUUCCCUGAGAUCCCAGAAGGAGUGGUGUCUCAGUGCAUGCUGCAGAACAACAAUAAUCCGGAAGCCUGUUGUUUGGCCCUUGCCCAAGAGAGCAACAAAUACCUGUAUGGGGAGUACCACAGCCCAGAUGAUGCCAGAAUGAGCAGGAACCACAUGCUGCAGAUUAACCUGGGUAUCCAACCUCCAGCAACAUACCAGACAGGGGAUGGUGGUCAACUCAAUGGUGCUCGAACGCUGGUCCAUAGCACAAGUGAUGGCCAUAUUGAGCCUCAACGAGGUGGUGGUCAGCAACUUGUGCGAUUGAUACAAGAGCCACAUUCUGCCCCAGCAAUUGUAGCAAAUCCACCUGGCUACAAUCCUUUCUUUGUAAGUGACCAGGGUCGUAACACAGGUACUCCUCCUCCAUCAUCUCAGCAGCCAACCUCACUUCAGCCAAAUUUGAACACAUCACCUAUGCAAGGUAUAUCUCCAACAUAUCAGCCUAUAUCGCGGUACACUAUGAACCCUAUUACUGUAACCUUGUCACAGAACAUACCAUCUGGUCAGACUACUACUGCAUUGCAUAUACAUGGCGGUCCAUCACAGAUGCAGAAUACUCCCUAUGGGAUUGGUAAUUCUAUUUACAUUAGGCCAACGUCUGGGCGACAGACUCCUCAGAACACAGCUUGGACUACCAGUCAAUGCCCUCUUCCACAGUAUAAUCACCAUCCUCCACCAGUUUAUCAACCGCAACAGACAUAUCAGCCUUCUCAGUAUUCUCCAAUACAGCCGCAGCUUCCUCAGCAAGCAUUUCGGUCGCCACCUCCGUCACAGUUCAGCUCGCCUUACAGCUCUCCGCAACAUCAGGUGCAAGCCAACCAGCAGGGUCAUCAGACUUCCCACGUCUUCAUGCCGAUUAGUUCUCCUACAAUGACUCACCUCCCAUACCAGCCUUCACCGAAUUAUCCACAACAAGGCAGCCAGUCAUUGUCCUACAUGCCUUAUUCUGUAUCUGGAUUGUCCAAAGCGCCUAUGAAAAAUCAAAUAGAAAUCAAAUUGGAAACACCACAGAGAACUGGCACCAACGUCACUCGAAGCUCAUCGCCUGUCAGCAGUCAGCCUGCUUUACGGAGUCAUCCUACGUUAUAUAUUGCCACCAAUUCACCAUCGGGUUCACCGUCGAGAGGAAUGUCCGGUCAAAUGAGUGUCGUUCAACCACAGCCCGUGUAUAGUGUACCACCCACAUAUAUUCACCAUCAACCAUCGCGACCUCGGUCUACAACUGCUGGCAGUAACCAAGUGAACGCUCCUCGUGUGGUUGUAACUCAGCCUAAUACUAAAUAUACAUUCAAAAUCACAGUUUCUCCAAACAGACCACCUUCGAUUUCCCGAGGUGUAGCAUCACCUACUUUUGACCCUGGGAGCAUCUUGAAUUUAGUGGAUUGUCAAGGAGAGCAUCCUGGUGCCCCAGAACCUAUACAGCCAAUAUCAGCACUAACGGGGUCUAUUGUCGAUAAACGAAACGAGGACCAGAAGCGAAAGUCAAGUUCAGGGUCAGAUGACUAUGCUUACACUCAAGCACUAUUGCUCCAUCAAAGAGCUCGAAUGGAGCGAUUACUCAAAGAGCUAAACCUGGAAAAGCAAAAGCUGGAGAAACUGAAAGCUGAGGUCAAUGAAAUGGAGUAUGAUUUAAUGCAACGGCGGCUGAGGAGAGUGAACUCCAACACGUCAAUACCUACACCAGAAGAGAUGACGAGAUUUCGAAGUCUAAAUCGACAGCUGCAAAUUGACAUUGACUGUACUUUGAAAGAAAUUGACCUUUUACAGUCAAGAGGGAACUUUGAUCCAAAAGCCAUGAAUAAUUUUUAUGACAAUAUAGGACUAACUGGCCCUGUAGGAGCUGUUCCCCCAAAGCAUAGUAAAAAAGACCCUUCAGGUACUCUAGAGAGAAAAGCAAGGAGGAUUAGGGUGACUUCAAAGUUAAAGAAGGACUCCUAUGAUUCCCAUACUGCUCCAGCAGAGGUUGCAGAAGCUGGUCCCGUCACGGCGUACAGUCAAAGGCCUCAUCAGCGAGAUGAGGAUUAUGAAGGUGCCCCCUGGAACUGCAACAGCUGCACCUUCUUGAACCACCCAGCACUGAAUCGCUGUGAACAGUGUGAAAUGCCAAGAUACACCUGAACUGAAGUGGGCAAGCACUCGCCAGCACGCAGAAUCCUGAAACUUUUUGGGGUCAUGAAAGGAGACUGCAAAUCUGCAAACCAUCGGCCAGGCCUAAAGUGAAGAGGAAUAGCUGAAAUCUAUUGCAACAGUGAGCUAAAUUCACAAUACCAUCACGACCGUCUACAUUAGCAGCGUAAAUGUUAUACUUCAAGCAACAUCCACACAGAUGUUUCUUUGCACGAUGCAUUUAAGCAAAAAUAUAAAAUGCUGUGAAGAUGGUCCUUAGUGAAGCUGCGCAUUGUUAACCCUUCUAUGCCUGUGAUUACACGUCGGGAUGCUGUUUUGUUACCCUUCCCACGUAGGGUGUCUAUCCACAAGAUGACUUGAGCUGUGUAAUUAAAAGUCUCUCUGGGUUUAAAAAACCCAUCAAUUAUGAAGGAUACUUGUUUUCAUUUGGGGUGGAUUGUCCCUAUGCUGCAUCUAUUAAAUGUUGGCAUCUUAACUCAGUCUUGCAGGCAAAAGGGACUGCCGUGACACUACAGUAGGGUAAAAGACUUGAGUUACUUGUGAUUGCUGCUUUCUUCAGGGUAAUUGCAAUCUUUACACAAAUCAAUUGUACAUUAAAUUUAAGACUGUCUCAGAGGACAGGUAUGAGGUAUUGCCUUAGGUAUGUUUUAAAUAUACAGUCAUAAUCAAUGAUCCCUUUGCUUGUACUGUGUUCUUUGAGCUACAUCAUU